AUGGAAGACACUGAGCUGCCAUGCAAACGUGCACCAAAGUUGUUCCACAAAAAGUCCCGUACAGGGUGCCAGCAAUGCCGAGGUCGUCGUGUAAAGAGCACCAGAUCGUCAGGUUCAAGCCCGACCAACACAGCCAUUGAGUCUCCAGAAUCAGAUUCUCGAAGAAGACAGGAGCUCAAGCUUUUCCAUCAGUAUAUCACUGAUACGGGUCCUUCACUCGCUUUCGAUGAAAGCGCGAAACACUUCUGGCGCAGCACCUUUACUGAUCUUGAAGCUAACGAUAUAUGUGCCAAGUAUCUGAGCUUAGCGAUUCAAGAACACCAUAAAGACUUAACGGAGCUAAGUAUACAGAAUGUCGACUGCGCAUGCCUGGCUUCUAGCAUGCUUCGCAUCCACAGCUUUGCUCGCCUACAAGCUCGUCCUCUAGAACCACAUACUCCUCCUCUCAACUGGCUACGUAUGUCUAACAGUAUCAGAGAUCUAUUCCUACGAGCUUUGGAUCUUGUCCAAGACAACCCCGAAUCUGUCGCGUACGUCAUGAUUGAUAGUGUGUCCGAAUUCCUUAACGACAACCAAAGCGAAGAAAUGCGUCGGGAUUGGAAACACUUACUCAGUCGUGAGGAACCUCACAAGUUAGAGGAACCGGGGACGUGGAAGACCAUGGGAAGUAAGAAGCAUAGUGCAAGGAGCGUUUGCCGCAAACUCAUCGUUUUUCCUAUGCUUCUACAUAAGCGCUUCGCCGAUAUGGUAGAAGAGCUUCGGCCAAGGGCCCUCGUCAUACUCGCACAUUACUUCGCGCUUCUAUCAACGGUCAGUAAGCACUGGUGGAUAGGCGACUCCGGGUUUAGGGAGGUUCGAGCAAUUUGCCUGAUUGUGCCUGAAGAAUGGCAGAGUUUACUUGAUUGGCCAAAGAGGAUUUUGCUGGAGCAAGAUGUAACUAUGGACGAAAUAUAA